GGCAGGAAAAUCCCUGCAGGGCCUCUGAGGCUCCCUUUGCUUCUUCUUCCCUCCCAGGAACCUGCAGCUUCUGAGUUCCUCAGGAAGGACCAAAGCGACUGAACCUGCAAACCUAGUAAGGAUGGAAGGAGGAAGAUGGACGGUUGACCUGGUCAGGCUGUCUCCCACAACCUAUGACCGUUCCCUUCCAGAACCCUCAGAGAGAUCUGAACCUGCAGCUUCUGAGCUCCUGGGGAGGUUGAAAGAGGCUGGUCCUGGAAACCUAGCGAGGACGGAACGAGGAAGAUGGACAGUUGACCUGGUCAGGCUGUCCCCCACAACCUUCGAAUGGCCCUCAGAGAGAUCUGGAACCUGCAGCUUCUGAGCUCCUCAGGAAGGACCAAAGCGACUGAACCUGCAAACCUAGUAAGGAUGGAAGGAGGAAGAUGGACAGUUGACCUGGUCAGGCUGUCUCCCACAACCUAUGACUGUUCCCCUGCAGAACCCUCAGAGAGAUCUGAACCUGCAGCUCCUGAGCUCCUGAUGGAACGAGGAAGAUGGACAGUUGACCUGGUCAGGCUGUCUCCCACAACCUUCAAAUGUUCCCUCCCAGGACCCUCAGCGAGAUCUGCUGAUGGAAACAAUAGUCAGAAUUCCAAGAAGUCACCUGGAAUUUUAUUGAAGGAACCAUUUAAAUGUAUGGAGUGCGGAAAGUGCUUCAUCCAGAACACAGAGUUUACUUCUCAUAAGCAAACUCACACAAAGGAGAAACCAUUUAAAUGUAUGAAAUGUGAAAAGUUGUUCAGCCGGAAAGUACACCUUACAACACACCAGCGAACUCACACAGGGGAGAAACCUUUUAAAUGUUUGGAGUGCGGAAAGAGCUUCAGUCAAAGUGGGAACUUCACUAAACACCAACUCACUCACACAGGGGAGAAACCUUUUAAAUGUUUGGAGUGCGGAAGGAGUUUCGCUCAAAGUGGAAACUGUACAAAGCACCAACUCACUCACACAGGGCAGAAACCUUUUGAAUGUUUGGAGUGCAGAAAGUGCUUCAUUGAUCGUGCAUCACUUAGUUCACAUCAAAGAAUUCACACAGGGGAGAAGCCAUUCAAAUGUAUGGAGUGCGGAAAAUGUUUCAGGUGGAAUCAUCACCUUACUUCACACCAGCGAACUCACACAGGGGAGAAGCUAUUUGAAUGUAAGGAGUGUGGAAAGUGUUUCAGGUGGAAUAAUGAACUUACUUCACACCAGCGAACUCACACAGGGGAGAAACCAUAUGAAUGUUUUGAGUGUGGAAAGUGUUUCAGGUGGAUUCAUUGCCUUACUUUACACCAGCGAACUCACACAGGGGAGAAACCAUAUGAAUGUAUGGAGUGUGGAAAGUUUUUCCGGGCGAAUAAUCACCUUACUACACACCAGCGAACUCACACAGGGGAGAAGCCAUUUAAAUGUACGGAGUGUGGGAAGACUUUCAGCGAUCGCGGAAGCCAUGUAAAACAUUUACGAAUUCACACAGGGGAGAAACCAUUUAAAUGUAUGGAGUGCGGAAACUGCUUCACUGAAAGUGACAAACUUAAAAGACAUCUCCAAAUUCACACAGGGGAGAAACCAUUUAAAUGUAUGGAGUGCGGAAACUGCUUCACUGAAAGUGGCAAACUUAAAAGACAUCUCCGAAUUCACACAGGGGAGAAACCAUUUAAAUGUAUGGAGUGCGGAAACUGCUUCACUGAAAGUGGCAAACUUAAAAGGCAUCUCCGAAUUCACACAGGGGAGAAACCCUUUAACUGUUCGGAGUGUGGGAAGACAUUUGCUGAAUCUGGAAGCCAUAGAACACACCUCCGAAUUCACAGAGGAGAAAAACCAUUUAAAUGUAUGGAGUGCGGAAACUGCUUCACUCAAAGUGAAAGCCUUAAAAGACAUCUACGAAUUCACACAGGGGAGAAACCCUUUAAAUGCACGGAGUGUGGAAAGAGCUUCACACAGAAGACAACCCUUACUUUACAUCAGAGAACUCACACAGGACAGAAACCAUUUAACUGUCUGGAGUGUGGGAAGAGCUUCAGUGAAAGAAGAACACUUAGAAAACAUCAACAAACUCACACAGGAUAAAAAAGCAUUUAAAUGUGUGCAGUGUGGAAAGUGGCUCAGCUAGUAAUCACACCUUGACAUCAAAUUCACACCAGGAAGAAACCAUUUAAAUGCACGCAUUGUGGAAAGAGCUUCAGUGAAAGUGGAAUGUUCAUAUUCAUAAGCAAUUCACAUAGGAGAAACAUUUUAAAUAUAUGGAGUGGCACAAUUUUCACUCACAUUUCACUCUUAUCACAUAAAAUAUAGAGCCAUAAAAUUGUAGAAUGGGAAGGGCCCCAAGGGACAUCUAUUCCAACCGCCUGUAAUGCUAAAAUCUAAACAGAAGAAUCCAUGAUAGAUGGCCUUUGGAAGAAGCCAGGACACGUGGCCUUUGGAGAAUUUUAAGCAAUGAUGGGGAGUCCACAAACAAGGUUUGUUCCCCUGUUGAAAAACUUUUAUUGUUUGAAAGUUCUUCCUGAUGUUUAGUCAGAAUCCACACUUCCAUCAAUUUGCUAAUGUGGCGUUCUGCUUAAGCCACUUUGCGUGAGUUCAAGAAAGACAGACAAGGUCUUGACCAGCAAGCCUGACUGGGAGACAAGAGUGGAGCGAAAAACCUCCUCUCUCUCUCUCUACCCAGACACUUUUAUUCACACAUGAAACCCCUUACAGAAUGCAAAUGAGCCAAUCACAAUCUUCCAACGCAGCCCCCCCAAAGAUCCCAUGAGGAUAGGAUGAGAACAAAGACUCUUUGAACCUUGCAGAAUGGUUAUUUCCAGGAACUAAACUUCCCUAGCUACGGUCUAUUAGCAUUCCAAUGAUCAGGUAGAAGAAAGUACAGGCGAUUGAUAGGAGGAAGUGAAAGACAAACAUCCAUGGCACAUCUCUGCCAUAUUGACACUACUUCAAAGGGACAGAUGCUCUGAGGUUAUCAAAAGGAUACAUUCUUACCAGCCAGUUGUAAAUUAAACAGCAACACUUAACUAAAGGAGAGACGUGACUCUCUCGUCUCACGGUAAUGGAAGCUUAAGGCAGCCAAUAGGAACAGCCAAUUUCUUGCCAAUGUCAGGUCAUGUAGAAUUGGUCAUAAGAAAGCAUAUCUUGAACAUAGACCAGCAAGGAACGUUACACUCAACACAAUCACAUAUGGAUAUCGGAAUGUCUUUUGCUCACUCGCACAAUGUCUAAGACAAUGUAUCACUUCUCAUCUAAUCCUACAUGAAUACCACAAACUAACCCCCAUCUUCUUAAAAUAAGAGCUAAUCUGAUCACGUGUAGCUUUGCAUUUUGAACUUAAAUAAGUUUCACAAUCAAUAAUACUGGCUGAUGCACAGUGUUAAAUAUAUGUGUUUGAUCUGUAUAAGAUGCGGUGUUUGAAUGAAUUGUAAUUGAAAUGAUAUAAAGAGAAGUUUGCAUUAGACAGCAUAGGUUUGUCUCCAACAAAUUGUGGGAUGUUUCGUUUUGAGGGUUUCAGCUAAUCAGGGUUUCCCAGACUUGGGUCUGCAGUUGUUUUUGGACUACAGUUCCCAUCAUUCCUGAACACUGG